AUGUGGGAGCAAGUCGAAGCAGCGGUCAAAAAGAUCACCAACCACAUGUUUUCGUCCACCAUAUUGAAGAAAGUCAUCUCCGACCCCAAAAUCCUCCAUUACUGCGACAUCUUCGCCUACGCCUGCGCCUUGAUCGCAGCGAUGUGGACUACAUUCAACUUCACCCAGCGUGCGCCGUUCCGAAAGGAUGUCGCCGAGAUGUUGGUCUACGCCAUGAUGGCUGUGUGGCAAUUUCAUUACGGGUGGGAGAAUGAGAUGGGCAUUGGGGAAACGGGGCUCAUUGUGAUCUCUAUGAUUGUCGCGGCUAUCGUCGUAUCCGGCUGUCUGAUCUUCAGACUUGUCCAAUGCGCUAUGCCAUUUGACACUCCGGAGAGCGAGGUGGGAAAGGACUCUUGA